AUGUGUCCAAAUCAGCAUUUCAUUUGCUCAGAUUGUAGCCCAGCCAUGGUGAGAAAUUUCUUGCAGCGUGUUCGUGGCAGUGACACCAUGCUUGAUGAGCACCGGAGGAGGGGUGGAUUUGUACCAUGUGUGCGGCACAAUCUAGCCUUCCAAGCACAGUGCAGCAGUCACUACACAGAGCAAUCCCUGGCAAGGGCUUUACCAGAUGAUGUUUUUGGUCAGUACAGAGCUGCUCAGAAUGAGGUCAUUGAGAACCGGAUUUGGCAGCAACACAACCAGAGGUUUCAAGAAGAGGUGGGCAAGGGUCAAAGCGAUGAACUUGCUGAACGCAGGGGUUCAAAAUAG